UCAAUUAAAUAUAAAACAGAAAUUGAGCGUGAUUCGAUCGCUUCGUUGAUGAUUUCCUUUCCGUUUAUUUACCAACAGAGAUCAAAGGGAAAUAAGAUUACAGAUUCAUGAAGAAAAAAACAACCUGAAAUCAAAUGAAAUGGGAUUGAAUGUCCAGUUUGUCUGCACCAACUUGGAAUCGUGAUGUGGCUUGAGUGAGAUUUAGGGUGAACUAAGAGACCACUGCUUGUUACAGAAACGUAAAUAUUUUAAAAAAGGAAAUUGAGAGAAAGGAAGACAGAAUGGUUUUAAUCUAAUCAUUAUGAGUGAAUCUCUACCAGCUAUAAAUAUUGACCAGUUGACCAGUGCUGUAAAUGCUGUGGUCAAUCUUAAAAAUGUUGAACCACCUAGUUCCUGUGGUGUUAAACCAGUGCGAUCUAUAGCACCACAUACAACAUCAUCUACAUCAUAUACACAUAAUACAUCUUCAAUCAUUUCUUCAAACAACCAAAACUUGAACUUGACUUCUGGAAAUUUACCAUUGAUGGUAUCAGUACAACUUACAUCAUCAAAUGGAGAUGCAACAGGCACACCACUGUGUAUACAGCAAGGAACUUCUAACUAUUCCUGUAAUAAGAUGACAUCACUACAAAAUAUACAGUCUACAACAGCUACCAUUCCUUUACCAUUGAUAUCAUUACAAGAUACAGGUGUAAAUAAUACGUCAUCACAGACGCUUGUUGAUCUCCACAAUAUCCAUCCUAGUAAUCCUCUACCACCAUUUACAACACAAACAUUCUCUAGUCAGACAGAGUUAUCCCACCAUGAUAUUAAUUGUAGUGAAACUAGUAUUUCUGAUAAUACAGUCUGUUCUUAUAAUCAGUCUUCAUGUUCUAUAGGUCAACUAACAUCACAAGAAUUAUUAACAAUACCAACAUCCUCGGUAGGCCUAUAUCAGAUGAAUUCAAGUUCAACAGCAAAUCAGCAUGUAUUGCCAAAUUUAAUAUUUUCCCCAUCAGAAGUUAGUACAGCAUCUCGUUUCUUUAUGACUAGUCCUCUACCUAUAUUAUCAGUUAGUGAGAAAGAUACACCUAUAUCAUCAACUAGUCAUUAUUCACCUAGACCACUUAGUGUAGCUUCUAAUAUCAGUGGAAUUUCAGUGAUCGAUGCUUUGUUAAAACCGCAAGAUAAUGUACAGUUUUUAGCACCGCUACCACCAUUAUCUGUAGAUAAACCAGUAUCCAUAGUUAAACCUGUUACAGAUCUCUCUAAAAGACUUCCAGCAUUACCCGCUUAUUAUUGUGUUGAAUGUGCUCAUACCCACUACUCACCAUGUAAACAUCAUACUUGUGAUUAUUUAAAUAUAACUGAUACACCUGUAUUAUCACGAGCUAGACAAUCAUUACCAUCAUGUCUACAAUUACAGUUCUCUAAAAUAACAGGACAUUUUAAUGAUGCAGGUGUAAUAACUACUACAAGUAUAUCAGUUAUGACACAAUUUGGUCCAUUGAUUGGCAAGUCUGUUCGUGAUUCUACAGAUAAAGAUGUUCAUAUAUUUAAACAUUGGAAGAUUUUCUACACAUUAGAUAAUGAGUAUCAAUGUGAUGUAUUGGAUAUUAGUGAUGAACAUUAUUCUAAUUGGUUGAUGUUUGUAAAACCAGCGCGCAGUUCUACAGAACAGAAUUUAGUGGCGUAUCAAUGUAAUGAUAGUAUUAUGUUUGUUACUUGUAAAGAUAUUGAACCAGAUUCAGAACUUUUAUUUUGGUAUUCCAAAGAAUAUGCUAAACUUCUAGGUUUUAUGACAAAACCAAAUAGAAUCAACUAUUGUCCAUAUUGUUUCCAGUGUGAUAAAAUAUUUCCUGAUAAAAAAUCUCUUCUAGAACAUAAAAAAAGCGAACAUUCUGAAUCAACAUUCAGAAAACAUCAGUGUCAGUACUGUCAUAAACGAUUUGCUACAACAGGAAAAUUAAAUACUCACAUUGUAGCUCGACACAUGCAGUUAAAACCAUUUACCUGUAAUCAGUGUGGUAAACAGUUCUCUGAUCAGAGUAAUUUACGUAUUCAUAAAGCCAUUCAUACAGGUGUGAAAAAGUUCACCUGUGAUUUAUGCAAGAAAAGUUUUCGUCAAAAGGCUCAUCUAACAUCACAUAUAUUAACUCACACUAAAGAGAAGAGUGUCGACUGUCCUCAUUGUGAUAAAAAGUUUGCUCGGGUUUCUGACAUGAAACAACAUCAAUACAAUCACACACACGAAAAGGUCUUUCAAUGUGCUCAGUGUAAUAAAAUAUUCUAUAAACUACAAAACUACAAAAAACACAUGAAAAUACACACCAACGAGAGGAAUUAUUCCUGCCCAUCAUGUCAAAAAAGUUUCUACACAAACUAUCAUCUUCAGAGACAUAUUAAAACUUGUAAAAGAACUAAAAUGGCAGACAUGGUCAUGCAAUUAAAUGCGGAAGAAGAACUAUAUAAUAGUCGAAACAGAAUAAAUUCUAUGGUAAAUAAUACACUAUCAACAUGUACCACUGGUAAUAGUGAAAUGUAUUCUACUGUUCAGUUAGCAGGUGACACACACCAUGAUUUAAAUCAAACAACAGUAUAAUUGUGAUAUUACCAGACUCCCAAUAUUUCAUCCUUUGUCCAGAUCUCUUUCAUUUAUUAAAGUUUGGAAUCUCUAUUUAUUCUUUUGAGGCUAUCAGAGGUCUGUUUUUUAUGGGUUGUAGGUCAUUUUUUUUUUUUUUUUUUUUUUUUGUCUGUCUAGAAAACAGUGGUAUUUUUUAUUAUCAUUAACAGAUAUUAUGCUAGGGGUCUGAGAAGUAUGUGUUGAUUUAUUUUCUUUGAUUGGCAUUUACUAAUUGAACAUAUAAACACAGGGUACAAUUUUAUGGAUAUACAAUUACUGAGUUUGAUACUAAGCGACGUUAUGACGAGGAUACUCUCGUCUUUAUCAAGCAAAUGAUACAGGUAUGUGAAUAGUAGUAAGUAGGCAAAUUUAUACAGAAUAUGCAAAAAUAUUAACACUAUUAACGGGAAACCAAUUAACCUGAGCUAUAGAUAAAACCUAUUAUUAGACUGUAAAACUGGACGAGGGAAACCGUAAAUAUAUUAAUUCAAUAAACUGAAAAUCAUGAAAGAUAAAACCCUUAUUAGACUAUAAAAAAACUGGCCCAGGGAAUACGUAAAUAUAUUAAUUCAAUAAACUGAAAAUCAAGAAAUGUGAAAUAUAUCAUUAGACUGUAAAACUUGAUAAGUACUGAAAACCAAGAUGUGUAAAAUCUAUACACAUAAUUAGACUGUGAAAAAAAUGGAUAAGCACUGAAAUAGAACGAAAGUAUGGGAAUCAAUGUCUAAGUUUGUCAUAAGCUCCUGAACAAGAGUAACUGUGUACCCAUAAAAUUGUACCCUGUGUUAAUGUGUUGAUUUAUUGUUAAAAAAUCUCAAAACAUGAGCUUACCAAGAAUUUGAUUUACAUAUUUAAUAGGCAAACCACCAAACAUCAAUAUAAAGUUAAAGGAGCUAAGUCGCUAAUAUUUGGGACCUAGAAAUUGACACAAAUGGGUCGCAACGCAUACAAUAAUGUAAUAUGAAUGAAUAUAAAUUGAUUUACAGUAGAAUCUGCAUUAAGCAGCCACCCAAGGGAAUUUUCACAACUGACCGCUUAACGGGAGUGGCCUCUUAAUAAAAUCUCGUUGCUUUUUGUGCCGACAUAAAUUAAAUAUUACGCUUGGAUGCAUUGGAAGCGGUCAAUUUGGCUGUCGCUGAAUCUUGCGCCGAACAAAAAUUCUUUACUCAAAUCUCGGACAUAACUUAACGGGAGUGGCCUCUUAAUAAAUCUCGUUGCUUUUUGUGCCGACAUAAAUUAAAUAUUACGCUUGGAUGCAUUGGAAGCGGUAAAUUUGGCCGUCGUUGAAUCUUGCGCCGGACGAAAAUUCUUUACUCAAAUCUCGGACAUAACUUCUGUAAACUUGUCAUUUUGUACCAACCUUCGAUACUACUGUCUGCCAUUGUGAUGCAUUCGAUAAUAUUUUUCCAUUUUUGUGAAGAAAAUCGAUGAAUACAUUUUAUUUUAUCAAAAAAGCACAUGAACAAAAAACAUCGCUAAUUUUAUCACCUAUUUACAGGGGGUGUAACUCUGUAUGUAAUAUUAUAGGAGGCGCUAAGAGAGAUACUAGAUGAUCGUGACAAAACUUGGUACUUUUAUUUUAUUCAAUCAGUAUCAAAUAAUGUGUCGUUACGCGUGAAAACAAUGAUCAGAUUAGUCGUUUAAUAAAACAAAAGAUUAAUUAACAGAUAAUCCCGGGUUGAUUGUUAUGUUUACAUUUCUUUUUACCUGAUCAGUGGGGGUCCAGUUAAUUAACUACUACUCACGGGAUUAGCGGGGGUGUUACAAAGAACGACAAGAUGCUAUCAUUCAACAAUGGCCGUUGAAUGGGCGAUGUUUUGUUGAAUUUAUUAGUAAAAUAGUGACCGCUGGCCGCGUUAGAGGAGUGACCGUUGAAUAAAGAGAUAAAACAACAGAAUUUCUACGGGGGGAAUUUAUCGUGACCGCUUAAAAGGAGAUGUCGCUGAAUAGGAGUGGCUGCUCAUACAGAUUCUACUGUACAUUCAAUUGUUUCUGUUUUUACAGUAAUUUUUAAUCAGUUAGGUUCGGGGACAUAGCCAGUAUUCUCAAUCGAAUUUCAAUCUCUAGCCUCUGGCUAUUCCAGUCUACGCUGAUAGCAUAGCGUCACUGUUUGACAUGACUUGUGGAAUAUGCCUAGCCUCGUUUUUCGAGUCCCUUAUUACACAUAGUGCUGAAACGGAUUAUGGUACACGAAUUCGUGUACCAAUUGUAAAUUGUUUAUUUUGUCUUAAAUAUUGGAUAUCAGAAGGCCAUCUUUUCCCGGUAAGAUCACAACAUUAAUGUUGAUUUAAACCGACAAAUAAAUCGUGUUUUCAAUGUUGAAGAUUUUGGAUGAUAUUGAAUUAGAGACUUAGCUACUUUAAACAAUAAUUAUACAAGUAAGAUUAUCCAUAUGUUUGUUUGUGAUAUAUGCUGAAAGAUUGUUAUUUUAUCGCCUGCAUUAUUUAAAUAAUGCACGAAUUCAUAUAUUGUGUUAAAAAGCUUUCAGGUUUUUUUACUAUUAAUUUUGUGUCAUAAUGGUUGUAAUUUUUUUUUUUUGGAUUAAAUUCUGUUAAAAAC